CACAAAGCUUGAAGUCAUCCUUAAUUUAGCGUAUACUGACACAGUUUAUGACAUAGUCGAAAAAUCAUAUUUUGAAUCAUGUCCACACCAGCAAGAAGACGGCUUAUGAGAGAUUUCAAACGACUUCAGGAAGACCCUCCGACCGGUGUCAGCGGGGCCCCGUCAGAAAACAACAUAAUGCUGUGGAACGCGGUUAUUUUUGGACCUGUGGGAACACCGUUUGAAGAUGGAACUUUUAAACUAGUGAUAGAGUUUUCAGAAGAGUAUCCUAACAAACCCCCCACUGUCCGGUUUGUCUCCAAAAUGUUCCACCCAAACGUUUAUGCAGAUGGAAGUAUAUGUUUAGACAUUCUUCAGAAUCGCUGGAGUCCCACAUAUGAUGUGUCAUCUAUUCUGACAUCAAUCCAGUCCCUAUUGGAUGAGCCUAAUCCAAACAGCCCAGCCAAUAGCCAAGCAGCACAGCUCUAUCAGGAAAACAAGCGGGAAUAUGAGAAGAGAGUGUCUGCGGUCGUGGAGCAGAGCUGGGUCGACUCUUAAUGCCGUGCUCACAGUCACGGCGCCUCCACCUUUAAUCAGCCCUGUCAAGCUUUCUGUUUACCUCAUCAACACAACGACUUUGACAUUAUAAUGGACUCACGUGCCACAUGGAAAGAGGAAAACCAAUCAAAAUCAUCAAAAUGAUAACUGUAGGGACUUUUUUUGUUUGCCAGCAGGUUUAAAAAAAAAACAACAACUGAUAUUUGUGUUCUCAUUUUAUUGCAUGAUGUGAAAUAAGUUAUUUCUAACAGAAUUUGUAAUAUAUCU